AUCGAGGCUGCGAAAUCCGCUGCUGAACCUGAAAAAAUCUACGCCUUUUGUUUAUAUAAAUUGGCCCUGUAUCAAAUUGAAGCUUCUCUGUUACUCUCUCUUCUCUUUCGGGAACUGGUUCUCGUUGCUCAGGGAGGAGGAGAGGCUUGAGGUCCGUGUGCGAGAUAAAAAAAUAGAGCUAGAUCUGACCCAUUUCCAUUUUCUCUCUCUUUUUUCUGGGGUUUUUUCAUCUCCUUAAUUUGGAAUUGGAUUUGAGACCCUUUGUCAAAAGGGGGUUUUCGUAUCUGCAACUACAAUUAAUUUUGCUCUUCACGCGGGUAUUCUCUCAGUUAAGCUUGUGCUGUCUUUAGUUUGCUCUGUUGAUUUUCAGGUUACUUGUGUUUAGCAAGGCUGUCUUGUAGUUGGAGCCAUGGCGGUUGAGGUUGUAGGAUUUGAGAUGGUUCAAGGGCCAUUGGAGAAUGGUGCUGAAGGAGGAAAAUCUGUUUUACAUGAGAAGGAGAGUGGCAAACCAGAACGAGAUCUGGGAGCUGAGGAGGCCAUCAAAUUUGGGACACAUGAAGAUGAAUCUGCUAAAGUGGAAGGGAAUGAUGUUUCAGAUUUAAAUGCCCCGAAAGAUGCUGUGGAAGAGUGGCCUGCCCCUAAGCAGAUUCAUUCUUUUUACUUUGUCAGGUGCCGGCCUUAUGAUGAUCCUGCCAUCAAGUCUAAAAUUGAUCAGCUUGAUAAAGAGGUUAGCAAGAAAAAUCAAGCCCGGUUUCAGAUCACUGAAGCAUUGAAGGCAAAACGGUCAGAUCGAGCAGAGUUGAUUUCUCAGAUCAAGUCUCUUAGAGGUGACAAUAGGCAAUUUCAGAGUAUUGUGGAUGAGAAAAUUAAAGAGAUUGAACCUCUGCAGCAAGCACUGGGCAAGCUGCGCAAUACAAAUAAUGUGGGCCGGGGUGGUUUAUGCUCAUCUGAGGAGGAACUUAAUGAUGUUAUAUAUAGUUUACAAUACCGCAUACAGCAUGAGAGCAUUUCAUUGGCUGAGGAAAAACAACUCCUCCGAGAAAUCAAACAGCUUGAGGGGACAAGGGAGAAAGUUAUUGCUAAUGCUGCAAUGAGGGCCAAGGUACAGGAAUCUAUGGGGCAGAAAGAAGCCAUUCAAGAUCAGGUUAAGCUGAUAGGUGGAGAUUUGGAUGGAGUGAAGAAAGAGAGACAGGCAAUUCGGUCCAAAAUCAAGCAAAUUGAUGAUGCACUUAAAACCAUAGACAAGGAUAUCCAGUCUCUACAGGAUGAACUGACAGCUCUUACUCAGAAGAGGGAGAAGGCUUAUGAGAGCAUUCAGCUGCUGAGAAAACAGCGUGAUGAGGGGAAUACCUAUUUCUACCAAAGUCGUACACUUUUGAACAAAGCCCGGGAGCUGGCUGCAAAGAAGGAUGUUAACACACUUGAUGAACUUUCACAAACAGAGGUUGAGAAAUUUAUGGUACUCUGGAACAGUGACAAAAAUUUUAGGAAUGAUUAUGAAAAAAGAAUUUUGCCAUCAUUGGAUAUGCGGCAGUUGAGUAGGGAUGGGCGGAUGAGGAACCCUGAUGAAAAGCCACUGUUGGAAGAACCAAAACCUGUUGAAACUGAAGCAGUUUCAAAAGUCAUUCCAAAACAGCCAAAGGAGGAUCCUAAGCCUCCUCCACAAGAAAAUUUGACUACUCAGAAAGAAUCCAAAAACAAAGGGAGAGAAUUGAAAUCCAAACAGGAGAAUAAGGAUUCAGCAGAAAGUGAUGAAUAUGAAUUUGAAAAUACCAAAAAGGAGACUCCUGCCAAAGAGCCUGAAGUCGAUCCAGCAAAGCUGAAAGAGAUCAAAAGGGAAGAGGAAAUUGCGAAAGCAAAGCAGGCCUUGGAAAGGAAGAAGAAGUUAGCAGAGAAAGCUGCAGCCAAAGCAGCUCUCAGAGCACAAAAGGAAGCUGAGAAGAAGCUUAAGGACCGUGAGAAGAAAGCAAAGAAGAAAGCUUUGGGCUUUGCAGCUGUUCCCAAUCCCCAAGAUGAACCGAUAGAUGCAGUAGUUGAGACUACUGAACCAGAAAAGGUUAACGAUAAUGUUGAAGCUCCGGCACCAGUGAAGGAAAAGGUCCAAAAGGAGAGUGGUAUCAGGUCUAGGGGCCGAGCGAGAGGCCCAGAUUCGGUUCCAAAAGUUAUUCUUAAGCGGAAAAAGUCUAACAAUUACUGGGUAUGGGUUGUAGCUGCUGCUUUGCUAGUCCUGCUGUUUUUGGUUCUUGGAUACACCUAUCUUUUCUGAUAAAGUUUAGAUGUAGAAGGAGCUGUGAAACCAGUUUCCUAGUGGGUGGCUAGGUUUGUGAGGUAGCCUUAGUUACUUCUGUUCUAUGCAUCCUCUUGGGGGAAUGGAUCAAAUACACUUUGUUGUGCUUUAGCUCCUGCAUGCAUACAUUUAGCUUUGACUACUAUGCAUUUUGAAAUUUUGUUCAGAUUUCACGAGAUGUUACCGGAUGGUUGAAUUUGUUUUUGUAGUUAAUUUGUCACAGGAAUGGUAUCAUGAUAUACUGAAAACUUUAUGUUGAUAGAUUUUACAUGGUGGUUUAUAGUCUUAAUAAUACUGAACAAAAUUCUCUGUUAAGAGGGUGAAAAUUGCUUGAGCCUUUAGGUGUGUUGGUAGAAUGUGAAUUUGUCUUUAUUUGGUUACAAGUUAUCAACUGAGGUGAGCAAUUUUGCAAUGAGCAC